AUGGAGCGACCCAAUCCAUUCGGUCAAGUCGCUCGAAGCUACAGGAAGUACGUGCUAGGCCUGGGAGACGAACCCGCGCAAGAGGUCACGGAGACGUUUGAGGUCGUCGACGAGUUGCCCGACGAGCUGAAAGGCGCCGAGAAGGAGCGUGAGCUAUGCUACCCGGACUACUUGGACCACGACCACAAGAAGCAGUUCCCGCUUGCCGCUGUCCAUAACCAUGGAGGCCGGAUGUAUCGCGGCCACGACGUCCCGAGAUUCCGGCUUGGAGUUGACAAGAAUUCGAAGGAGAUUGCAACGUGGCGGUUCGCUUUGAUCUGCAUUCGCGAUGUCGACGAGGCCCAGCAGUCAGUUUUCGGGCAUCCUUCACACCGAUACAGACCAGAAGACUCUUCCGAUGGGGAUCUCCGUUUGGUCCAGUUCAUGGUACACGGUGGUUCGCAGCGGCCAUCGAUCCACCUCAGGAUCAAUCGCGAGCGUGGUGAAGAUGGAAAGCCCACCUCUGUCGUCUUCUGGAAGUGCUACGCCCACAGUUGCGUUCGCAACACUGAUUCGGAACCCGCCAUUGGCCUUGAGUUCGGGGUCAACGACGAUGCCACUGUGCGCGAGGGCAUGCCACAGGGAUCGAGGCAACUCCGGGAGCUGGCGGGUGAGAACAGCAUUUGGGCAACACACUUACUGCUCAACGAUAUCGACAAGCAGCCGACGACCGGCGCUACUGGGAGGCCGGUAUGGAGAGGCAUAACACCCGCCGAGAUUGACCAGCUUGCAACAAGGGCGGCGGCUGGCGAAGACCUGACCGAAGCCGAUCGCGCGAUCGUGGCGUUGCAUCGCACCAGCGCGGUCAGCAUCUACACGUGGGUCGCGGCGGAGCAGGCAGAGUACUGUCGCCCGUUCUUUCAGUAUAUCCGGACCGUCUUCUUCGCGACUGCGACUAUGGGUCCUUGGUGGUACUAUCGCCUGGCGUCUCCGGAAGAGGACCUUGACAGCGCAAACUAUCCAUUCGAACAGAUUCCGCCACCACGCUGGCUUGUCACUCGCUGGUCUGUGAAGCGGAUUGGCGGCAAAGCAGUGGACGCCUCUCCUGUCGCGUGGAACAAACUCAGCACGAUCCCUGAUGGCAUCUUCCCAGACCUGGACGGCCUGGCAUUUGAAAUGCGUCUAGGAGUUGCGCGAGAAGCGGACAAGGACGUGAGCAAAUCCGCCGAAUUGCGUGCUCUUUGCCGAGAUCAAGCUGGCCGGUUUGCUUCUCUCGAUGCUGUUGACACCUUCAAGGACAAGAUCAAUCUGCUCAUGACUGGCGGUCGGCGAUCAUCUGUGCUGGAGAUUUCCUCCAUGAGCGCAAACGAAGCAUCCGACAUCUUCCGCGAUGCGAUUGUGGUGCGUCCUGUCGAAGUGCAGCGUCCUCUCCACCCUCGCAUAGCCGACUUUCCAAACAGGGAGAUCUACGACGGACAGUUGAAGAUUGCGGAAGCAAACGAUGUGGAGUCGGCGUUGCGGGAGUUGGUGGAGCAUCUGCUGGAGCCUCUGCGGAACACAGGUUGGAACCGAUCCCCAAGAAUCGGCAUUGAUACCAGCGAGACGAAGAGCGAGCUUUUUGGCGACACCACGUCGUCAGUGAACGAUGGCGAAGCUGCCUGGAUCCUGGAUACCGUGGUCGGGUUUGUCCUCGGCGGCGUGAACCCUGUGGACAUUGUCAUCAUCAGUCCCUACUACGGCCAAAGGCGCCUGGUUUGGAAGCUUCUCCAAGAUCAAGACAAGAGCACGGGCGCGAAGGAAGUGCGAGUUCUGUCCAUCAGCGAAGCCGAAAGCCAACAUGCCAAGAUCGCCAUUGUCAGCCUGGUCGCCAAUGAUCCGGACAAGAUUGGAUAUAUCUGCCAUCCGCACGACCUUUGCGUGGAGAUCACCCGUGGGAGCGACUACCUUUUCAUCCUCGGCAGCUUCGGCAAAUGGGCCAAGGUGCUCCAAGGACUGGCAGUUAAGCCGUUGCAUUACAGAGCGAACGCCCUGUUCCGGCACCUGAUUUUAGGGCUAUUUGCCAAGAAGGAAGUCAUUACUUUGCAAGACUGGAACGAUGUGAUGAAAUAG